GCAAUUUGGUAAAUUGAUCAGAUUUAAAAGUACAAGUAGUAUUAACUUACGCAGAAAUGGCCGAGGUUGACGAUGGUCCACCAGAAGCAAGCAUAGACUUCGUGCCUGCAAUAUGCUUCGUACCACGCGGUGUAACAAAAGAACGACCGGACAAGAUUGUGUUAACUAAAGACGAAUUGGCUCGUGUAAUUGAAGAUACUAAGGACUUGCUGGAGGACGACGAUGAUAACGAAGAUGAGGAAAAUGACGAUCAGGAAACAAUGGAAGUUGACAACAGUGAAAAUCAAAAUCCGGACGAUGAAUUUAACUUCAACAACUACGACAAUGAACCCAACGCCAGAGUUACAAAUAUUGGCAACGUUGUGGAAGCCGACGAGCAGAUACCUGACGAAGAUGAGGACUCUGAGGCGGAGGACGAGGUGAUAAAGCCCACCGACAAUCUGGUGCUUGUUGGUCAUGUACAGGAUGACGCGGCUUCUAUGGAGGUUUGGGUUUUCAACCAGCUCGAGGAGGCGUUGUAUACCCACCACGACUUUCUCUUACCCAGUUUUCCGCUUUGCAUUGAAUGGCUAAACCACGAUGCCGGUAGUGACAAGCCAGGCAACAUGUGCGCAAUCGGUUGCAUGGACCCAAUCAUUACUAUUUGGGACCUAGACAUACAGGACUCUAUUGAACCAACAUUUAAACUAGGCUCCAAAGGAAGUCGUAAACAAAAUAAGCCGCAGUACGGUCACAAAGAUGCUGUACUAGAUCUGUCAUGGAACCGCCACUUUGAACACAUACUGGCCAGUGGCUCCGUUGAUCAAACGCUUAUUCUAUGGGACAUGGAUGAGGGACAGCCGCAUACCACCAUCACCGCCUUCGGUGAGAAAGUUCAAUCGCUCGAAUUUCAUCCGGAUGAAGCGCAAAGUAUACUCACCGGCUGUGCUGAUGGGUACGUGCGUCUGUUUGACUGUCGCGAUGCCGAAAACGUAGACUCCACAUGUAUUAAGUGGCAGGUCAGCGGCGAGGUGGAAAAGGUUCUUUGGCAUCCCACACAAACUGACUACUUUAUCAUUGGUACUAACGAUGGCAGCUUGCACUAUGCUGACAGACGCGCUCCCAACCGACUGCUGUGGUCUGUUAAGGCGCAUGGCGAAGAAAUAUCUGGUAUAUGCUUCAACAACGAAAUGCCUAAUUUGCUUACCUCCACCUCUACGGAAGGGACAUUGAAAAUCUGGAAUUUUAGCACAUCCGAGGCAAAAUACGUAUAUGAGCACAACUUUAACAUGGGCCGUUUACAGUGCAUGCGGCAGUGUCCGGAGGAUCCGUAUACACUAGCCUUUGGUGGAGAAAAACCUCCGCGAUGCUCAGUCUUUAAUAUCAAGAACUUUGAAGCGGUGCGUACAGUCUUCGGCAUUGCCGAUACAGAAUAACAUACUUAGUUUUAGAUAAUGUAUUUUAUAUUCAAUGUACAUUUUAAUAAAUGCAUAUUUUGUAAAUAUA